AUGUUUAACCAGAUAAUUAUUCUCUUAGCGGCAGGAAGAGUAAAUGGGCACAUAUUUUUUUUCAGCCCUGUCAUUUCAAUACUUCAUAUUCAUGUGACAGGACAACAAAAUGGAAGAGAUGUUGGAGAAAGAGAUUCUGCUGUCAGAAGACAAAGAUUCUGAUGAAGGUGGAAUUCGGCGGCGACUGAGAGACAGAGACCUGUUGAAGAAACGAAAAGCCGAGGCAGAGGAAAAGGCAACCAACCAGUGGGUUUAUGGGGCACAAAGCCUUAAAAGAGUGAAAAGGAGGACCAGCAGUACCCCAGGAAGGAAAGGUCGACCAAGGAAAGAACAGCCUAUAAUUAUUCCUGAAGAUCUUGGUCUGCCUGAGGAAACAGAUCCUUCUCCUCUCACACUUCCCAUCACAGUACCUGUAAUACCCACUACAGCAGAGACAGUGCCCAUUCAACCAGCUGAGCCACAGCCAGAGCUGGUGCCUGUUGAAGCAGCCAGUGAAAAACCUCUCGAGGAGUUUCUGAUCGAGGAUCUGGGGCCGGAUGAGGAGGACGACAUGCCUCAAAAAAGCCUUAUCAUUGAUACAGGUGAUAGUGAGCAGCCAUUUGCUGAUGUGCCUGAACAAAUUGAAGUCUCAAUGCCAGCAUUUCUCCCACCACCUGGUCCUUCUCAAGCAGACAGCCAAAGCCUAUCUGAGAAUGUACUUAUCUGAGUAUCCAUUUUCUAUAGUAAAAUAAAGCAUUUUCUAUAUUUACUUUAUCUCAAAGCAUUUCAAAACCUGAAACAAAAAAAAGGGGAUAUUUAUUAAAAGUGUUCAUGUUUCUGUGUACAUAAGCCACUCAUCAAUAUACUCUGUCCAAAUGAUUUUAAUAAAAUAAAAAUAUGAAAUUGUGUUAGACUAGUAUAGCACUUUUGUGCCCCCUGGUGAUUAUAAAAGAGAACUUUUAAAUACAAAACAACCAGAUAUUUUCCUUUUAACCUCUAUGACAAAUAAUCUGUGUUUAGUUUGUACAACUUAUUUUAAAAUAAACGGGUUUUAUAUUUUG